CAAAAGUCACAGCGAGGAUACCGAGGAGCGACACGUGACCAGAUCCCGGCUGUCUGAUUGGCUGAGAGGCCGCCGCUGUAGAAGUGGGGCAGAGAUAGCUUCCAGUCUUCGCUGCUUGUCCGACGGAGUCACAAAAAUGCUGCUCAAUAAGGUGUUCAGAGCCGGUCUGCAGUCUGGGAUCCGUCUCCAGAGUUCAGCUGCAGCCAACGCAGCGAUGUCCAGCAGCCACGGAUCUCUGGGCUUCUCCUUUGAGUUGACGGAUCAGCAGAAGGAGUUCCAGCAACUGGCCAGGAGGUUUGCUCGAGAAGAGAUCGUUCCUGUUGCUGCUGCUUAUGACAAAAGUGGAGAAUAUCCAGUCCCACUCAUCAAGAAAGCGUGGGAGCUGGGCCUGGUCAACGGUCACAUCCCACAGGAAUAUGGUGGGAUGGGUUUGUCCAUCUUUGACAGCUGCCUCAUCACAGAGGAGUUGGCUUACGGCUGCACAGGAGUCCAGACUGCCAUGGAGGCAAACUCUCUGGGACAAAUGCCGGUUAUUCUGGCUGGAAACGAUGCCCAGAAGAGGAAAUACCUGGGAAGGAUGACUGAAGAGCCUCUCAUGUGUGCCUACUGCGUCACUGAGCCCGGAGCAGGCUCUGAUGUGGCCAACAUCAAGACCCGAGCUGUGAAGGUGGGAGACGAGUACGUCGUUAACGGACAGAAGAUGUGGAUCACUAACGGAGGAAAGGCCAACUGGUACUUCCUUCUGGCCCGUACAAACCCAGACCCCAAAUGUCCCGCUAGCAAAGCUUUUACCGGCUUCAUCGUGGAGGCAGACACUCCGGGACUCACACCAGGAAGGAAGGAGAUGAACAUGGGCCAGAGGUGCUCCGACACCAGAGGAAUCACCUUUGAAGACGUGAGGAUACCGAAGGAGAACGUUCUGAUCGGAGAGGGAGCCGGAUUCAAAAUCGCCAUGGGAGCCUUCGACAACACCAGACCUCCAGUGGCAGCAGGAGCGACUGGUCUGGCUCAGAGAGCUCUAGAUGAAGCCACCAACUACGCCCUGGAGAGGAAGACCUUCGGCAAAGCUAUAGCUGAUCACCAGGCCGUGUCCUUCCUCCUGGCUGAGAUGGCCAUGAAGGUGGAGCUGGCCAGGAUGGCGUACCAGCGGUCGGCCUGGGAGGUGGAUCAGGGCCGCAGGAACACCUACUACGCCUCCAUCGCCAAGGCCUUCGCCGGAGACAUCGCCAACCAGGUGGCCACCGACGCCGUGCAGGUGUUUGGAGGCAACGGCUUCAACAGCGAGUACCCGGUGGAGAAGCUGAUGAGAGACGCCAAGAUCUACCAGAUCUACGAGGGCACAGCUCAGAUCCAGAGAAUCAUCAUCGCCCGAGAACACCUGGGAAGAUUCAAGAAGUGAGCACGGCGCCUCGUCCUCAUUCACACGUUCUCAUAGCUUUUCGAUACGUAACACGAACAGAUAGAGCUGAGCAUCUAAACUCAGAAUGUUUGCCUUAAUGUCGCUUCAUCCUGCUGCUCUUUGACAGUUAAUCUUUCUGUCCGGGAACUUCAUCCCCUGCAGAGCACAGCCUUCAUUUUACCAUCAAUCAAUUUAAAUGUCGUUUAAAUAACAAAAUAUCACAUUUCUAUAUUCUGUUUGUCAAGUUUGCUUUCGGGUUAAUGUCGGUUGUAAAUAGACGUUCCAAAAAUCCUCUGCAGGCUGUAAAUACUGGCAGCAGGACUCAAACCACACAAACCGUUUAUUAAUCUGGUGCUAUUUACCACUUAUCUGCCAAGUUAGACUGUAAAAGUGCUGCAUGUACGCUACCAGUCCAAGGUUUUUAUUUAGUUAUUUUAUACAUUACAGAUUAAUACUGAAGAUGUCAAAACUAUAAAAGAACAAACAUAGAAUUAUGUUGUAAACAAAACUGUGUUAAUCUUCAGUAUUAAUCUAUAAUGUAGAAAAUAAUACAAUUAAAUAAAAAGCACUGAAUGAGAAGAUGUGUCCAGAGUUUAGACUGGUAGUGUGCAUGAUAAUUUUUAGGGUUUUUUUUGUGAGGACAGAUGAUACGUUUGGAUAAGAAGAGCAGCCUUCCACCCAGAGGGUUAGAAUUUAGGGGUUUAGAGUUCGAGUUUGCAGACUUGUGUUAAUUUCUGUAGCCGUCCUGAUUGUCAGUAAACAGAUGAUUUAUUUUCUCCAUGCCUUAUUGCAUCUUCCACAUCCCAGUGAAACUCCUGCGUUUGCUCUGAAGAUCAAAUUGUAAAAUAGUCGUUCAAAUCCAUUUAUGGACAGAUUGUUUGGAGACGUAUUAAUGAUUGUAAAACUGCAUGGUUUCCCCGUUAGCUGCUGUCACUUUGAAAUGUGUCGAACAUCCAUUUAAUGCCUGAUCUGUGUAGACGUAGAAAGUAUGGAAGUCACUCGACAUAAUGGUGAAAUCUUCUGUCUGCCACUUGUUUAUUAAAUUAUUCUAUUCAUCUGA